AUGAAAGAAGGUCUUCUCCGUGUUGGUGGAAGAAUUGGAGCAUCGAGUCUUCAAUAUGACGCAAAACAUCCUAUAAUAAUUCCAAACAAGAGUUCUAUUGCUAAUUUGAUUAUUGAACAUAUUCAUCAAGUUACAUGCCAUAGUGGAAGAGAAUAUGUAAUUGCUGAAUUACAUCAAAAGUUCUGGAUUAUAAAAGCAAAUGCAAUGACACGAAAGAUUCUCAACAACUGUAUAUCUUGUCGCAAGAGACAGCGGGCACCUGAAUCUCAAUUGAUGGCCGACCUCCCAGAAGACCGAUUAAUACCAGACAAGCCACCUUUCUCUUUUGUCGCUCUUGACUGUUUCGGUCCAUUUCUUGUUCGUCAAGGACGAAGCGAAGUAAAAAGAUAUGGUGUUAUUUUCACUUGCCUAGUGACUCGUGCAGUGCAUGUUGAAAUUGCACAUAGCCUAGAUACAAGUGCCUUUAUAAUGUCUCUUAGAAGAUUCAUUUCAAGAAGAGGACAAGUAGUUGAAAUAAGAUCAGAUAAUGGAACAAAUUUUGUCUCUGGAGAACAAGAAUUGAGAAAUUCUAUCAAGACUUGGAAUCAGAAUCAAAUACAUAGGUUUUUGCUGCAAAAGAACAUCAAGUGGCUGUUUCAAACUCCAGCGGCUUCUCACCAUGGUGGAGUUUUUGAGAGACAAAUCAGAACAAUUAGAAAAAUUUUCAACGCUAUUUGCAGAGAACAAAAAUUAACUGAUGAAAGCUUAAUUACACUUAUGUGUGAAUGUGAAUCCAUAGUGAAUGGAAGGCCAAUAACAACUGUAUCCAAUGAUCCAAAAGAUUUGACACCUUUGAGCCCGAACAAUUUGUUGUUGUUGAAAGAAGAACCUAUACUUCCUCCAGGAGUAUUUGAUGCUAAAGACUUGUAUGUUCGUAAGAGAUGGAAACAAGUACAAUACUUAGCUGAUGUGUUUUGGAAAAGAUGGAGACGAGAAUACCUUCCUCUGCUUCAAACAAGACAAAAAUGGAACAAAGUUCAAAGGAAUUUAGCUAAGAAUGAUGUUGUACUUGUGAUGGAUGAAAAUUUGCCAAGAAAUGCAUGGCUGUUGGGUAGAAUCAUUGGAACGUUUCCCGACAACAAAGGCCGUGUACGUUCUGCUACGGUGCAAACCAACCAUUCAAUCUUAGAUAGGCCCAUUACUAAAUUAAUUCUUCUGUGUGCAAGUGACUCUGAUUGA